AUGGAUGGGACUACAACUGAGGUGACCCCUCGCAUCGGGACAGACAUCAAGGUCACGAUGGACGGGACGAUGAUGGCAAGUCUGAUUGACCGCGAUGGCAUGUCCAAGGUUCCAAGAGGAUGGUACAAGGAGGAUCCCGAGACCAGCGUCCUCCACAUCCUCGCCUUCAUCCACCAUCGCUUCCAGCAACGCAACAUCCUCCUCCUCGACUUCGUGUCCGAGUUCGAUACCCUCCGAUCCCCAGCCAUCCGCCAUCAAAAGCGCUACUCCGGCUUCAUCUCCAAGAUCAACCUCCGUCGAGCCAUUGAUCAGUGCGGGUGUCUGAGCGACCUGUCAGACAAGGCGUUCGACAUGCUGGCGUCGUACUUUGAGGAGGAACGGGCAGGCAUGCCGUACAAGGACGAGAGGAUCAACUAUGAAGCUCUUUGCGAAGUUCUUCAGGCAAGCUCCGAUCAUGUCUACUCCUUGUCUGUUGUUGUUUUGUGGGAGAAUGUCUCUCAUCACUCGGCCAGCUACGACAGGGGCACAAUGACUCUCCCCGACCGAUAUCUCUGGAUGAGCGAGCAGCUAAGGAGCGAAGAGUUCACCUCACACUUCAAGAAGAGCCUGGAUGAGCUGCCGCUGGCACGUCAGCAGCUAUCAGAGGAGGGGGAGAAGCGCUUCAAGGAGCUCAAGACCGCCAUCAUGCACAAGAUCUACGCCGACCGCAUCUCAGCGCGGGAGCUGCUGGGAGAUUUCGACCCCUACCUCAACACCAGCGUGUCAUGGAUGAAGAAGACUACACAGCGCACCCCCAUGAUCAACAUGUCCUCCGGCUGUAUCUCCCGCUCACAGUACUUGCGAGGAAUGUACCAGCUUACAGGUCGGAUGGAGCUGAGCACGGAUGAUCUCAACCUCAUCUUCAACAAGUACAAAAAGAACGGCGCCUUCAACUACUACGCCUUCUGUCGAGAUGUGGACCCUGGCUUCGAGGAGCUCAAGGCGAUAUUUCAUCCGGGCAGGAACGAAGCGAGCUCAUCCUCAAUUCGAUGA